AUGCAGCCCCCGCCGCCGGCGACGGAGGGGGGGCGCACAGUCCUGCGGGAGCGAGCGGGACAGGGCGCACAGGACGCAGGGUUCCGUCAGGAGCGCGCCAAGGGGGCGCCCGCGCCAGAGCCCCCCAAGCCCGGCUGGGCCCUAACGCUGGAGGGGCUGGCGGCCGCACCCCCCGCGCAGCGCCACCGCCAGCUGCUCUUCGGCGACGUGCUUGAGGACGUGGGCGCGGCGGCCUCCAUCUUCCCGCGCGAGUCUGUGGAGCUGGGGUACCAGAUGCCCGACCCGCGCGCGUGGACGCAGCCGCUAGAGCCGGCGGAGCGCCAGGAGCGGCUCCUCGGCGUCCUCAAGGCAGCCGAGGCCCGAGGCCGAGUCCGCGCCUUGCGACUGCGCUACACCCGCAUGCGGGCGGAGGAGAUCUCGCUCCUCAUUCUGCAUCAGAAGUCCGCGCGCGCCGCCAUCCGGCUAGAGCUGUUCUUGCCGCCGCUGAAGCCCACGCGGAUCCGGGACCCCCUGGACCGUCAAGAGCGGAGGCGCGUGGAGACCAUCCUGGAGGAGAAAGUCGAUGGCAGCAUCUUCCCGCGUUGACGGUGACCCCACAGCGCGCGAACGUGCCCCACCCUCCCACAUAAAGCUCUCGUUCUCCAGGCGCCCCCUGUUCUUUCCCCUCCCCCUCUCCAGGUUCGCCGGGAGGGAAGGGGGAGUAUGGAUGCUGCCUCUCCCCCAUCCGAUGCCACAGACAUCAGGGUACACAGCAUGGGGCUCCUCCAACAAAGCAGGAAGGUGCAGGUGGACAGGCGGGCAUCAGAUUAACAGAGGACAGAGACACUCCUAAUCUCCCGAAUCCUGGGAUGCCCCCAUCAGGCAACCUAGUGCCCUGGGAGUCCACGAGGGCCCCCAGUCUGGGGGCACAGGAGGUAGAGCCUGGCUUGGCAACAGUCACAGCCCCAGAAGUAA